GGUUCCAACAGAACAGAACAGUAACACGCCAAUAUAAAACCAUAUAACAUCCGUACAAAAUCCAAUUUCGUUUUUGUUGUUGUUUAUUUUUGUUUCGGCUAUUUUCGGAGUGAAGUGGAGACAACGGUAACGUAACGGAUUCGGAAUCGGAUUCGGAGUUGCACACCCCCCCACCCCCACCCCACAGACAGAGAGAGAGACAGAGACAGGCGCAGACACCGAAAUGGACAUGAGAAUGGAGCUGGAGAGCUUUGUGCAGUCGUCGCCAAACACCAAGCGGUUCGUUGUCGAGGAUUCGAUCACUAAGGUCACGUCGGAUGGAGAGCCGCAUGGCAUGAUGACCAUGGUGGCGGGUCUGUCCGGGCUAUUGGCAGCCAUUAUCAUUCUGGCCGUGCUCGCCUCCAUGGUGGCCUGUCGCAAGCAGAAAAGCUCCGCCAGGAAUAGCAGAAAAGAGAACGGAAGCAGGAGGCAGAGCAAGAAAUCGAUGAAUGUGGCCAUGACCAUUGUCGAGGAGCAGCCGCAGCUGGCGGGCAACCUAAAUGCAGCCUUCGCCGAGAGCACACUGACCCUCCAUGGCCAGGAAAAGGACAAGGACAAGGAGGACAGUCAGUGGACAGACAACACGCCCACGUCCGUUGUGGUGGAGCGGUAUUAAAUGGAGCAGCGGCGGCGGCGGCUGCAUCUGGAUGGACGGACGUGUGACGUGACGAAGUGAUGUUAUGUGAACGCUUGAGACUGAGGCGGCGGUGGCGCCGCCACAUAGAUUUAUGCAUACCAUUUAAUAAUAUUAUUUUUUUUCUAGUGGUUUGUUUAAAUAUAUAACCAU